AUGCCUACCAUUGAAGAAGUCGUUGAAGAGAGCACAGAAGUAACUACCACCACAACAAAAACCAACAAUAGUCCUCCGGGUCAAACUCAGCGAGUGGAAACACCAGAACAACAUGUGGACGAAGAAGAUGAUGAUGAUGAUGAUGAUGAAGAUUAUGAAGAUGUAGAAGAUGAAGAAAAUGAAGAAAUGGAAGAUGAUGAUGAAGAAGAUCAAAAUGAUGAAGAGGAGCAAGAUGAGGAGGAUGAUAAAGUGUUCAAGGAAGGGAAUCAAAAUAAUAUGAUGAAUAGUAUCAUCAAAGAGUUUAAUCCUGUGGGAGAAACAAUUCAAGCAUUAGUCAUGUCGAAAGAGGAUUUCACUCCGUACAUGAAAGAAAAACUCAAAAGCCUCAACUUACCACUCUAUCACAGACAAUUACCACCUCUUAAAGAGGUGGAGCGAACAUUUUACUGUGUUGGCGAGGAAAUGUGUGGCUUGGUAAGAAAUGCAGGUAUCGAGUUGACUCCAAGUAAUGAUGGUUUUGCUCCUCAUAUGAAGUUUUCCAGAAUGAUGGCCGACAAUCUGACUUCGCAUGGAGUUGUCGUUCGUUUACUUGAAUUGUUCAAUAUUCCAAUGAACUCUCUGUGGUUAUAUCGAAUUACCGAAAAAAAUUCAAAGAUUACCAUUGAAAGAGUUAAGGAUUCAUUUGCCUUUCCAGUGUUUGUGGUUGUCAACACUGUGAAGGGAAAAAGAGAGUUUGAUGAAUUCUCUAAAGAGGCCAUGACUCACUCUAGUGACCAAGGAUAUUUCGAUUUGGCUCUUGCUGAUAGAAUUAUCAAAGAGAAUGAAAAUAACUCCUCUGCUAUUAAUUGGCGAGAAAAGAGUAAGGAAAUUUUCAAGCUCUAUUUACCAUCAAGUGGCAGUGAAACACCUUCAGCGGAUGAAAAUGAAAAGUGGCAUCAAUAUUUUGCCUCUCGAACUAGUGCUCAAAAACAACAUAACUCAUUCAUUGAAAAAGAAUAUCCUGAAGAAGGAGAUUAUGUUUGUAGAAAUAUGAUGAGAGCAUUGAAAAAUGUACUUCGUGGAGACAACUUGACACAAAGUGUUGCAAGAGAUUUUUGUGCUCAAACUGUCAUCAAGUCCAAAGAUGCAGGCUAUAUGGACUUUGAAGCAUUACAAGAUUUAAGAAUGGAAGGGAGAAUUUACUCGACUCAUUCCUAUCAGUGUCUAGAUGUUCGCUAUUCUUAUUAUCACAAAACAAGAUAUUAUUCUCAUGAUUACUUUGCCAAGCUUGAAUACAGAAUUCUUCCUCUAGCAGUAGACAACAAUGAAAAAGACAAGAAAAAAAAGGAUGAUGAAAUUCCUUGGUCGAUUUUCUUUGAAAAUUACUUGGACGAGCCAGAUAGAAUUCCACAAGAAGAUUGGAUUAUUAUUGAGAAGAGAAAAUUCCUGUUUACGUUGAAACAUUUACGUAGUGUUCGAAAUGCUAUUCUUUCUAAUGAUCCUGACUCUCCCUAUUCAAAAAUUUCUGAUAUUCAAUUAUUGAAGACCAUAUAUCAUGCAAGCGGUGCAACUAAUGGAGAAGACUCACUUUUAGAAGGUGACUGGGUGGGUUACAGAAUGAGACAACUCGCCGGAUGUCCCUCUGAGAAAGAUUACGAGUACGAGGAAAUUGAUUUUGACAAAGUCAUUGAGGAUCAUCUCAAAGAAAUCAGAGAACGUCGUCGCAACAAAAAAUAUGAAGAAGAAGAAGGAGAUGAUGACGACGAUGAUGAUGAAUAUUAUGACGAUGAUGAGGGUGACGAAGACGAUGACGAUUUCCAUGACAACCCUCAAGCAAACAUUGACAUGUUUAUGAGAAGUUUAGCUGGUCAAAGAGGCACAGGUCAGAGAGGACAACAAGUACCACCAGGAUGCGCCCAACAAUAA